AUGCAGACUUGUGCAGUAGCUACCACAGUCUCACCUCACGCACAGAUCUGUCUCCAGUGGCAAGACACUGCCAGGAAGGUCGUUAAUUUCAAGGAUGAUGGUGAUGAUGAUGACGAUGAUGAUGAUGAUGAUGAUGAUGAUGAUGAUGAUGAUGAUGAUGAUGAUGAUGAUGAUGAUGAUGAUGAUGAUGAUGAUGAUGAUGAUGAUGAUGAUGAUGAUGAUGAUGAUGAUGACGUACUCCACAACAGGGUGGGUGCAGAGACAGCGAACUGCGCAUAUAUUACUUCAUGGCGAUAGGGUACUUGGGAAGCAUCUACUGCACUCGCUCCCCCCUCACCGGGCCCCGUUGUCAUGCCGGAGUCAAGAUACCGGAGGCGGGAGAGGGCGCAGGUGAUUGGCACGACGUAAACCUACAUCCGAACGCUCUACCACACUCGUAAGACAAACUGCUAGUUCACGCACAGGGUACUAUAUUUCCACAGCUGCUUUAGGGUUCAAAAGAGGUCACAUUGAAAGGAAUCCACUGCAGUAGGAUGUGGUGGUACGUUUUGGUGCGGGUUUCGUCCCGUCACCACUCGCAGCCUCUCCCACCUUUGUUCUUCUUGACUUGUUCAUGACACCGGGCACAGGUGGGGGCAGGGGACAGUGCGGUACGCAAAUCUCCUGUCACUUCAAAAUAACUCACCCGCAACUCCUCGUGCCUGAUCUCACGUCUGUUUUGAAGCACACGGUGGGCAGGGUUGAAAUCGACGGCCGAACUCUCGUCGAUGGGACUGGAUGCAGUGAAGGACGCAGCAUGAAGGACUGAGGCUAGGCGUGACACCACGUUUCCCAUGUGCGGCAGUAGUUAUGGGGCUUGCGCGGACGCAACAUGGCCCUACAAAAUGUGCAGUGAGCCAAAGUAAUACACGUUUUCGUCCUUCGCAUCCAAAGAACAGCCCACAUUGGGGAUCGGAUGCACAGAAUGUCUUUCAAACGCGCCUCCCCUUACCACUGUCAAUAUAUCUUUUCGCAAUCGACAGGACAACGAGCCUGCGGUUGAGCGGUUAGGACUUUGAACUUCUAACCAGCAGGUCGCGAGUUCGAGCCUUGGGGGUUGCACACCUCCGAUUCCGGCAUGGCUGUUUUAUGAUGACCAUUAAGCCGGGAAUAGUCUUCCCGAUCUCCAUUGCCUUUGUCGGUAACGUUAUUCUAAACCCUUUUUGAAUAUUAAUUGACGAACAAAGCGCUAUUGAAAAAGAUUUGGUUAAAGUACGCGACAACCGUUGUCUAAUUGCCAGAAACAACUGAAUAUAGAUUAGAGAUGCGAAAGUUCCUAUAGCAGUAAUCGGAAGACGAGGUGGCGAGCAUACGUAGCUUUCGAUAAAUUAUCGUCUGGCCAGUAGAGUUAUAUAGGAACGGGGUAGAAGUAAAACAUGUUAGCGAUAAGAGAAAUCGUAAACGUUCGCCUUAAAACACAGGCUGGGUGUGGGAAUGUGGGGGAGAGGUAAGAGGCGAGUGAACUCCUAAGGAGACGCCUUGAUCAAGCUGUCUCGCGAACCUUCCCAACAGCAAGUGUUCAAAUAUAACCCUAUUUUACGCGGAGAAGGUAAGGAUAAGUUGCCACCGCGGACCACCUCAAUAUGCAUGUAUUCCUUCAUUCGCUCCUGUGGGGCAGGUUAUAUUGGUCGCACGAGUCGGCGCUUAUCCAAGAGAAUACGGAAACACCUCCCGCCAUGGCUGGGAAAAGGCGAAACGAAGAGCAUAAGCAGCGUCAUUCUCGCGCAUGUUGAUGAUUCCGGACAUCGUGUGGACCCCAGCGACGCUUUUCAUGUGAUUCACAAGGUCCCAUCAAGUUACCCUAAGCUACUAGGUCAGCGGAAGCGGCCGCCAUUAGGUUACGAAAGCCAAUCCUAUGCGCACAGAAGAACCACGUUUAGGCUGCGCGCCUACAGUGGUCGAAGGUCGACUAACGCUGCAACCCUCCCCGCGCACUUCCGCUCUCACCCCGACCCUGACAGUGACUGCUAUUACCCCCCUCCCCCUCCUCCCCCACAUUCUCACAUCCCGCCUGUGUUUUAAGGAGAACUUUUAUCGAUAUCUCUUAUCGCUAAAAUGUUUUACUUCUACCCCGUUCCUAUAUAACUGUACUGGCCCGACGAGAAUUUAUCGAAAGCUGCGUAUGCUCUCCACCUCUUUUUCUGGAUAUAGAUUGUUAUGAAUCGUAGAGGAACUGGGUGGGUGCAGAGACAGCGAACUGCGCAUAUAUUACUUCAUGGCGAUAGGGUACUUGGGAAGCAUCUACUGCACUCGCUCCCCCCUCACCGGGUCCCGUUGUCAUGCCGGAGUCAAGAAACCGGAGGCGGGAGAAGGUGCAGGUGAUUGGCACGAAGUAAACCUGCAUCCGAACGCUCUACCACACUCGUAAGACAAACUACUAGUUCACGCACCGGGUGCUAUAUUUCCACAGAUGCGUUCGAGCUCCUCAGAGGUCACAUUGAGAGGGACCCACUGCAGUAGGAUGUGGUGGUGCGCUUUGGUGCCCACAGCCUCUCCCACCUUUGUUCUUCUUGACUUGUUCAUGACACCGGGCACAGGUGGGGGCAGGGGACAGUGCGGUACGCAAAUCUCCUGUCACUUCAAAAUAACUCACCCGCAACUCGUAGUGCCUGCUCUCACCUUGGUUUGAAGCACACGGUGGGCAGGGUUGAAACUGACGGCCGAACUCUCGUCGAUGGGACUGGAUGCAGUGAGGGACGCGGCAUGAAGGACUGAGGCUAGGCGUGACACCACGUUUCCUAUGUGCGGCAGUAGUUAUGGGGCUUGCGCGGACGCAACAUGGCCCUACAAAAAUGUGCAGUGAGCCAAAGUAAUACCCGUUUUCGUCCUUCGCAUCUACAGAACAGGCCACUGUGGGGAUCGGAUGCACCGAAUGUCUUUCAAGCACGCCAUCUCUUACCAUAGUCAAUAUAUCUUGUCGCAAUCGACAGGACAACGAGCCUGCGGUUGAGCGGUUAGGACUUUGAACUUCUAACCAGCAGGUUGCGAGUUCGAGCCUUAGGGAUUGCUCACUUCCGGUUCGGGUAUGAUUAGUUGAUGAUGACCGUCAAGCCGGAAAUGGUCAUUCCGAUCUCUCCCUCUGGUCGGUAAAGGUAUUCUAAAUCCUUUUUGGGCUAGAUCGCAGUUGGUAGCUAGGAAUGGGGAAGCGGACGGCGACCUUAGCUAUAAUCCUAACCUUAACAUUAAACGUUAACCGUUAACCCAAACGGCAACCCUAACCCCAUUCCUAACCGAAAUCGUAAACGUAACCGUAGCCCUUAGGCAUAGCCCUUACCUUAAAACCUGACCGUAGUACGGAAACCUAAUAGUAAACUCAAUCCCAAACCUAAGCCUAAAGGGCAUAAACCUAACCCCGAAAUCGGAUACCAUUAACCGGCACCCUAAUCUUAACCUCAAACGUAAAACGGAAGCCAAAUGGGUCAGAUGUGAUUAUGAAGCCCCACAAAAAGCCCCAGUAAACAAACCCCAAGACACCUGUAAUACGAAGCCUGGCUUCCAACUGCGAUCUGGCCCCUUUUUGAAUUUUAAUUGACGAACAAAAGUUUCGUUAACACAUGCGACAACUGUUGUCUGAUUGCCAGAAACCACUGAAAAUAGAUUGUUAUGAAUCCUGGAAUAACCUAAUGAAACAACUUUAAAAAAUGUUAUAGUCAUAGCAGCGACACAGAAACGAAAUCCAGCCAGUCUGUCUUGUCUCAAUCUCAAGCCGUACGAAUCCCCCCCCCGGCUCGUAGCUAGUAGUCUUGGCGACUUGGAUUCAAUCCAGUCGUUCCGCCAUUGGAGUCAUGGGUAUGCCGCUCCCCCUCCCCGGCUGAGGUGGAGAGUGCUGAGUCAUAUGGAGAAGCUGCUCCCCGAUUUGACCAAAUUUCAGGACGGAAUAGGGUCACACUUGUCUUGCCUUGGGCUCCGGUCUGCGUUUCUCGCAGUCGAUCACAUAGCAACGAGAAAUUAGCAACACGAGGUAUGACUGCCAGGACAACGGCGUGGGGUAGGUAUGUGGGCUGCGUUUUCUGAGAUCAAUCCAGUGACUGACCUAACCACUAGACGGUCUGAUUUGGAAGAAGUUUCCGUGAAAACUCCAGAUGUGAUAUAUAACAGCAACUGCGACAUAGUAAAUGACCAGCUGUCUCCAUUCAGGUUAUAUGUCUCCCUGUGGGAUCAUUUAAGCCUGUUUAGUCCACUUUUUGUGCGCAAGUUCGUUAAGCAGAGUGACUGACGUCUACCAAUCUCCUGCUGUUCGACUUUUCCGAAUUCGCAAUUUUCAUGGGAAAAUUCAUAGCGUGCGGUUCGAACAGUUGAGAAGAGACGUAUGCACUGAGCUGCGAAGAAGAAUCUGCUUGAAUCCUCGACUUCUGAAGGCCGAACCUGGUUGGUAACUCUGCACCACCCUCAGUCAACAGCCGGCAGCACAUGAUCCCAUGACGUGGCUGGUAGUACCCUCGGUUCAGAUUUUCCAAAGGUUCGCUUAUUAGGGUUUUAAUAUGGCGAUGUGAUUUGUUUAGCUGGUAACAGCACAUAAGACAAAAAACGAAACCGUUCAACCCCCAUGACCUUUUUGCAAUGUUCCUUCUGAAUUAGUCUGCGGCAUUGAACUCGGCGGUCAACUAUCCGGCAAUAAGAUCGGCUAGGUGUCAGUCCUAUCUGACCUGGAAUAUUUCAGAUCAUGGAUAAGAAGACUUAAACCUGUGACUGGUCGUCCGCUCUACUCAUAUGUUGGAUUGUUGUAUAAACAGACCUCAUAUCUCAGAGUUCAUCCGUUCACGUUGAGGUGUGUUGGAUAUUGUGGAAAAAUGUGUAAGCAGAUGCUUUUCCAUUCCUCUACCCUUCCCCUCCUCCUCCUCCUCCUCCUCCUCAUCCUCCUCCUCCGACCGAACUCUGGAUGACGAUGUCCAUCUCGUCACUUUGCAUUAGUUGUUGCGAAAUCCCCCCGCCCCAUGUUCCGCGUCUACCGAAAUAUCUCCUGCUGUAAAUCGCCAUAUGAGCAUUCUGUACUGCCAUUUCUGGCACGGCACCAUCGGUUUGAAGAAAGAAAAAUGUAGAAACGAAGACUUGAACUGUCACCUUAAUAGAUACUUACUUUUAUGCAAACCUAGUUACCGUUGAUCAUUUGUAAAUUUAUAUCGCGGUCAAAAUGGAUGGAGUGAUUUUUGUCGAAAAUUUUGAAUAAUAGAGCAGACAGGCUCUUUCAAGAAAUUUUAACCAAGCUAUUCCAAUGCGUUUUCAAUCCGAAAAGACUACCUAAGCAGAGUUGCUAUAAUUACCAUCCCAUCACGUAAUGUCGAGAUGAGGGACUUAGGAUGACUAUCUAAUCGACGGCUUGAAAAACUGUAUUCUGUAAGAAAUGGCUAUUUAAAUAACACGAAUUCCCUCCAUUGUUUACUGACACCCAUAUAAACUCAAAUAUAUUUUGCGCAAAGUAUGCACAAAAAAUAUUCUUUUUUUACUCAUUUGGAGGUAAAUAACGUCUUCAAAUUUAAUACUGGAAGAAUGAACGUCUUUUGCCCUUAACAACUUUCUGGGCUCCCAUAUAAUUUAAAGGUCGACCUUCCGUCAUAGGUUCAAACCACAAUUUGUAUGCUUGCCGUGUACGGCAAAUCAUACCGUCCUAUAUGCCAUUCUGAGGAAGACAGAUAGGGCUCAUAAAAUCUUAUAAUGGUUGCGGACAACGUUGUUCACUUUAUAAGCAGCAUCAACAGAUUUUUUGAUACGAUGCUGUACAAUUGGACUUUUUUCUUUCUGGAAAACCCGUAUGAUUAGAAACUUUUUAAAUCCGGAACAUACCGCCCUUCAGCAUAAAAGUUGAAUAUGGUAUAAUUUGCAAUUAAAAUAGUGAAAGAGAAUAUUUUUAUGCGCAUUUUCGAUAAAAUAAGGACAUGGGAAAUCAAUGGGGAAAAUUCGUACUACAUAAAUAGUGAGUUUUUUAAGAGUGCAGUUUAUGCAGACGGCUGAAAAGGAGGUCAUUCAAAAGCUAGCAUCCAGACGUGACUGAAAUAUCCUGGGAUUAUACUGCCUAAUAAUUAAUCCCACAACACCACUUAAGCAAUUGUUCCGAUAUGUAAACGAAUUUCAUUGUUUCGGUUAACAUUUUAUGAGAGGACACUGUACUUGAAAAAUGAACAGUAUUACUCUCACUGGCUGGACAGGAGAAAUGGGGAUGGUGUGUCGGGUGUAUUGACCGUCGUCACGUCCCAUAACCUGAUCGGCGAACACCUAUUCUGUGAGAAAAAAAUAUUCCAACUCGCGACAAGAAGGGCGUCGGGCUUGUGGCUGGUUGACAGGGCGUUGGACUUAAAAACUUCCAGCGGCAAACAAAAUGUUAUUUCAAAUUCCAUGUAAUUUAAACUUGGAGGGGGGUAAGGCUGGCUGGUGACGGCUAACAAGCCAGGAUUGACCAUUCCCAGUUCUUCUUGUUUUCUUCCAGACUCCUUCCCGUACGACCAGCAGUCGUUGUGAGACUGUCUGUGCGGGCUUUAGUUUGCGUCCCACGACACGAUGGGUCCAGAACGUUCUGCAACCUCACUGGUGAACGCUCUUUUAGUGUUCAACGCUACUGGCGCCUUAGGAUAGAGUUAGAUGCUACUUAAUGUGCAUGAAGGGAAGAACUAAGAGUAGAUACCCCAAGUUCACAGUUAGCUUCUGAGGAGAUUAAAAAGCAAAGAAUUUCUAAAUUGGAAUAUCUCUCAGAAAGCAGAUGAGUAAUGCUGGGGGACCCACCGACGAGCGAUGGCAGAAUAUCGGCGAAACGGGCGUUAAUGGGCUUUUGGCUAGUACCCGUGCUGUUAGUAUGGUACCCCAUACCCCAAAACGUAUACUGCUAGGUGCCUGUCGGCAGCUGCUAAAUAUUACGCGAUUACCCGCUGUGGCUAACGGAUUUCGGUCCAAAUAUUCAUACAUAAAAAUUUUGGUCUGCGCCUACAGGCCUAAAAUAUACCGAUCUACUCCCAGCUCGCAGUUAAUGUCUGAACUGGGUUGUCUACAAGAAAUUUUUACACAACAAUCCCGACGAAUAAAAGCGAACGGCCGCUUCCAAGAAGUAGUUUAGCAGAAGAAGAGGCGGUACCUCGCGCCCUUCCCACGUGACCGAUUACCCUGUCCAUGGUAAGUCACAGCACCGAAUAUAGUAGAGAGAGGUCGGUGCGCGUGUUGAUGGAUUGCGGGUCUGGGUACUAUAAUUCGAGCAGCUCGCGGCUCACGCGGUUUUCACCUCUUGCGAGGAUUUCGACUUCCUGAAACUUGAAAAUACGGCCGGGUCCCGUGGAAUGAGCCGCCACCUGAGAGCUGGCGUCCUUCCUCCUCACCGCUGCUUCGUGUUCGGCUCGCCGAGUAAUCAUCACGCCAACAUACAAAGUAGAUUAUGAAAUUGAACCAGUUGACCACUCGGACGCGGACUGACGAGCCAUCGUCGACUCAAUUACGACCCCUAGAUGCGACCGCGAGAGCUGUUAAUUAUAGUACGCAUCUGGUCCCAUCGCAGCUACGUACUACAAAUACUGCAGUCCUUGUGCCUCCACUACCCUAAUCUGCGACGGUCUCUGGUGAUGUGUUCGAGUGUGAACCCGAAACGCCAGGUCAACAAACUUCUUGAUCCGGUGAUUGUAUCUUCUUCUUCUAAAUCUUUAAAAAUACUCAUCCAACGACUUUGGUUAGAAAGACUUCCCAUUUUCUACCAGGGCCAAAACGCACCAUCUCUCAGGCUGGAGACUAAAAACUGACGAGUCUGACUUGUCACGGUUGCGGUAUGCAACCAAAAGGCUCUCUUAACGCAUGCGCCUUGGCUUUAAAUGACGUCUGUGCCAAAAACAUACCGAGGCAAGUUCACGCGCGCUUAAAACACAGAGAGCUUGUGAUGUAACUGUUUCCAUCGACUUUUCUGAACAUUCCGCUGGGUUCAGGGUGGUGUCUGUGCGACGUCAUCUACCCCAAACCUUCGCUAGCAUCCUGCUUCCCUCUGGACGGUAGGGAAAUUUGAUGCGUGCUGGUACUGGCGUCUGAUGUAAAUAAAUUCGGCCGGACAACAGUAGCGGACUGUCUGUUUGCUACCCAAUCAUAAAGCGCAACCGGGGCUAUUCUUCUGACCGAGUAGCAAGAAACACCACAUUAGACAGCAUCCUAUCCAAUCAGACCAUUCCGGAGCUGUAGAGUUGAACUACGGCAUUACACCGCACGCUCUUGUGUUUAAUGUUAAUCUACAUACUACCGUUCUUACAAUAGACAACUUGAACUUCACGACUGUUUAGCCUCCUGGUUAGUCAGACAUUUAAUGCUGCCUGUGUUAGAACUUAACGUUCCAAUAACGAAACUAAUCAAUUGUUGGAGGUUUGACCGUAGAUGGAGCCGAUAUGUAUCGAAUUAAUAAACUGCAAUAAUCAGACAGCGUUUCCGAGGGCUGGUAAAAUUUAAAGUUAUAUAACAUCAGUUUGCAGGUUUUUCCAUGUUCCAGUUAUUGGUGUGGGAAGUAUUUACCCCGGGUCUCCCAGACACACUGCCAGCUCAGAGUGUAGAGCAGGUGGUGGAUCUCACGAAAUUUCGGGACUAACAUUCCAGCCAGUAAUAUGACAUCCAGUUGGCUUUGCUAGUUUUGACGAGUCGGUUCGAGGGUAACGGCACUUUACAAAAGCAGAAUUCAGUUCAAUUCAGAUUUUUUUAAAGGAAAUCCGUACAGUUCUAGGCCAAAUCGGGAGUUUCCUGAUAUCCAAAAGAAUUUCUUACAAUGUCAAAUAGCACAAGCUGAAAACUCUUUUUGUGCGCGGUGUGCUGUAAAAGAUAAUUAAUAUAAGCAAUAAGGCUUCAGCUGAAUUCCUUUAUGAAUUGAAAAAUCUCAUUUUGCAUCCCUGAAAAUCGGAUUGAAUCAGAAAAUAGAAAUCACCGUGUUUUCAAGAAGUAGAGUGUGUAUUUCCCCACAACAGUUCUGUUUGACCUACCCCUGAGAAUUUUGUCGUUAUAUACAGAAAUAAAUUCGUUUGGCAGUAUUUUGUUUUGCCGCACGGAGAACUAGAAGACACAAACAAGUAUGUAAGGAGUAUUCGCGUCACUAUCUAAUAUGUUCAACAAUAAAAAUGUAUUUUUUGCCAAUUAUUGACUGAUGGAUUAAAACGACUAGCUGGCUACCUUGACGUCUUGCACUAGAAAGUAUCAUUAUGGGUCCGCUAAAGACAUUCACUGGGGGAUUUGUAAUGCUCACUCUAACCGUGAUUGUGAAAUGGGUGAAGGAAAGGCCAUUAAUAAGUCGAUCUUAAGUCGGAAACUGAUAAGAAAACGCCUUUAACAUUAAGGUUUAUGGCAGACCCUCAUUCUGCAGGAGCAUUUAUACUUACGAUGAGGUCCUACUUCCAAAUGCGCCAGUAAGGCCGACCCAGGUGGUUAUACGUGACAAGGACAUUCCAAGAGAGCCCAUUUCAACAAGUAUAGACAAGUAGUGGUUUGGAAAUCAUUCUUAUUCAGACAGCGGUUAGCCUGGCUCUGGACAUUUAAUACUAUUAACAGCAAGCUGUUCAUCGACAUUGCGAAAAAUGCCCGCUUUUACAACUCCAUUCACUGAUGCCUAAGGAAGACCAUACUUUAUCCCGAUGUUGCUUGUGUUCGUCGCUGUAAAUUUUCAAGCCUCAGAUUUAUUUUUAUCCUUGCCAGCGGUCUAGAUCGUAGGCCUACUAAACAUAUUUCUGCAGUUAUUAAAAGGAACUGGCACAGGACAAGGAAGACAUUUAAUGCGCGUAAAGUCUGAUUUUUAGUUUUACAGCCACACGGAACAUGGAACAAUUGGCUGUCUCCACGACUGACAGACCCUGUGCUGCAGAUUUUUAAUUUCCUUAGAACUUCAUCUCUACCCUGGAGUACGCCAGUCCAUUGGAGAAUGAAAUUUGGUAUGAAUAUUUGGACCGGAGACCCCAACCUCAGCUGAAUAACCGCAUAAUAUCCAUCAACUGCCAACAGACAGUCACUAGUAUAUACAUGGGUUGUGUACGAUAUACCAUACCCAAUGGAACAGGUACUAGCUAAAAGCCCAGGCACGUAUUUUGUAGGUAUUCUGUCGCCGCGUGUUACGGCUGCGAGGACUCGGAGAAAACACAGGUCUGCGCUCUUAGCUAGUACGUAUGCCCUCGGGCAUGGUAUAUCAUACAACCUAAGUACAAAUUUUGUGUUGUUUUGACUGCAAAUUGUCAGCCAAUGAAGUACUGAUUUUUUGUAUUUGUUAUUGUAUUUUUGCUUUAUUUUGUUCGUGCACUCUCAUGCAUCCUUACAAGUAGUCUUGACUGAGCGAUUGUGAAUGUGGAUGUUUUCUGAAAUUAGCCUUUUUGUGGAUACUUAUUAUUUUGAUAUUAGUGAACAUUAAUUUACAAAAUAAACUAUGUUUUAUUUUUAAGUACGGGCAUUUAUUUGCCGCCGUAAAACUUUGAAGAACGCAGCGUGGGUCCGUGCAAAUUUCAUAAAAUUUCUUGAAUUAGACUACCUGCUGUAUGCUUGCACUUUUGCGGCGACUAGCACCUAAUCCCCGAAGUAAAUUCAAAAGACAGUGGACUUACUAGUAAAUAUAUGUGCUCCCAUGAUCGUGAUACCUUCUGAUCGAGCACAUUGCCGCCCACAGGCUUUAAAGUACUGUUAAUACACUGCCCAGCCGACAUCGACGCCACCGACCUUACCACCCCUCACUCCCCCCCUUCCUCCUCCACUUCCUCCUUCACUGCCACAACGACGGCCACUCCGGCGUCUGUAGCGCACGACUUCACCACAGCCGCACCUGGCACAACAACAGGCACAACCCCUGCAACCUCCAUCAGCAGAUGUGAGGGCCCGAACUACAUCUGCCCUCACUGCGAUCGCACCUUCACUUCACGCAUCGGCCUGGUCGGUCACUUGCGAAUCCAUCGCACAGAGUCUGGCGAACCAGUGCCUGGAGCACCAACCUACACUCACCGCACUCGCCUACACUGCCCACACUGCCCUCGCACCUUCACGCAUCGCAUGGGUCUAUUCGGCCACAUGCGCAUCCACGAGAGCGGCAUUGACCGUAAUUCUGAUACAGCCACGACAUCCAACACGCCCAGACCCAUCCUCGCCCCACCGUCACACGCGCCGACCACCACCACCGCCACCACCAACACCACUGCUUCCUCUACAGCUGACACCGACACCGCCGACCUCUCAUGCCCACACUGUCCACGCACCUUCACCUCACGCAUCGGCCCGGUCGGCCACUUGCGAAUCCAUCGCACAGAGACUGGCGAACCAGUGCCUGGAGCACCAACCUACACCCACCGCACUCGCCUCCACUGCCCACACUGCCCUCGCACCUUCACGCAUCGCAUGGGUCUAUUCGGCCACAUGCGCAUCCACAACGACCUGCGGUAG